AUGAGGUCAUUACGCAGCAUCGUCGAAACUUCUGUGUAUGCUUUGUCGACGACGACCCUGGCGGCAAACCAUUGUGAAGUAGUCAAGUUAGGAACUAUCAGGGAUACUUACACUGCCAAUAUUCUAUUAGGAGGUUAUUUAAAAAUCAGAGAACUGCGAAUUGCCUGCAAACUGUUCGACGAAAUUCCUCAAAAAGACACUGUUUCUUGGAAUUCAUUAAUAGCUGGUUACGUGAACUAUGGAGAUCUUGAGAGUGCCUGGGAGGUUCUAAUACGUAUGAAACGUUGUGGGUUUUGCUUUGAUGGUUACACAUUUGGUAGUAUACUCAAGGGUAUUGCUUCUAAUGAUUGUCUCUUUGCUGGGCAACAAGUGCAUGCGAAUAUCAUUAAGACAGGGUAUGAUGAAAAUGUGUACUCAGGAAGUGCUCUUUUGGACAUGUAUGCAAAAUGUGGUGGAGUGGUGGAUGCACAUAAGUGUUUCAAUUGCAUCCCUAACCCGAAUUCAGUGUCAUGGAAUGCUCUGAUUUCCGGGUAUGUUGAAACUGGUGACCAUGUGAAUUCUUUUCAGCUAUUCAAAUCGAUGCAUAGGGAAGGUGUGAGGCUUGAUGAUGGCACCUUUUCCCCAAUUCUAACAUUGUUUAAUAAACCUGAGUUCCAUGAGCUAACAAUGCAGGUCCACUGUGCGAUCAUAAAACAUGGUAUGGAAUCUGAUAGCUCUGUACUUAAUGCUACAAUCAGUGCUUACUCCAAGUGUGGGUCAAUCAAAGAAGCCAAGGUGGUAUUUGAUGGUGGAGUUGACUUUCGUGACAUUGUCUCUUGGAAUGCCAUGCUGGCAGCUUGCUUGGAACAUGAUGAACGAGUCCUUGCAUUUAAUCUUUUCUCCAAGAUGCAAAUAUUGGGAUUUGAACCCGACAUUUAUACAUACACUAGCAUGAUAAGUUCUUGCUUCGAAGAAGAAAUCCGGAAUCAAGGACAAUCUUUACAUGCAUUGGUAAUCAAAAGGGGAGUCGAACAUCUGACACCAAUUUCAAAUUCAUUGAUGGCUAUGUUUAGUGGACCUCCUGGCAACUAUAUGGCAUAUGCAAUAAGAAUAUUCGAGCACAUGGAGUUCAAAGACCGAGUUUCUUGGAAUUCAAUGUUAACAGGACUUUCACAACAUGGGUUUAGUGAGAAUUCCUUGAAACUUUUUCAGAUAAUGCAAUCUGGAAACCUAGAGAUGGAUUAUUAUGCAUUUUCUGCAGUCCUUAGAUCUUGUGCAGAUCUGGCAACCUUACAAUUGGGUCAACAAACCCAUGGUCUGACCAUAAGAUCAGGUUUUGAGUCUAAUGAAUUUGUAACUAGCUCUUUGGUAGUCAUGUACUCUAAGUGUGGGAUCAUUGAGGAUGCUAGAAGAUCCUUUGAAACUUCCCAUAAACAAAACUCAGUUACAUGGAACUCGAUGAUGUUUGCAUAUGCCCAAGAUGGUCAAGGUCAUGUUGCACUGGAUCUUUUCUCUCAAAUGAGGGAAAGAAAAGUGAAAGUGGAUCAUAUAACUUUUGUUGCAGUUCUAACUGCAUGUAGCCACAUUGGUUUAGUUGAAGAAGGAUAUGAGUUUUUAAAAAAUAUGGAAUCUGAUUAUGGGAUUUCACCUCGAAUGGAACAUUAUGCUUGUGUGGUUGAUCUACUGGGACGUGCUGCACGUCUCAAAGAGGCAAAAGAGGUGGUUGGGUCAAUGCCAUUUCAACCUAAUGCAAUGGUAUGGAAGACUUUAUUGGGGGCUUGUAGAUUGUGUGGUGAUGUUGAAUUAGCUAUGGAAGUGGGAAACUUUUUAUUGAAAUCAGAACCUUAUGAACAUUGCACUUAUGUUCUUCUAUGUGACUUGUAUGGACAUCUUAGGCGAUGGGAUGAAGUUGCUGUUUUAAAGAGAAUUAUGAAAGAGAAAGGGGUGAAGAAGGUACCAGGUUGGAGUUGGAUAGAAGUUCAGAAUCAGUUGCAUGCCUUUAAUGCUGAUGAUCAUUCACACACUCGAAACCAGGAGAUAUACCAAAUGUUGACAAAAUUAACCAAUAAUAUUGCAAGUUUGAAGAUUUUUUAUGAUCCGGAUACUUUGAUGCAUGAUUGUGAUUAUGUUAUUAUGAAUAGAAGACCUACCAUGCUUCAAGAUUCAGAAGCUUCAUUUUCUAUGGAAUGCUAUUAA